AGCGUGGAAAGUCAAAUUCUUUCAAAUCAAAAUCCCUAUUCUCUGUUUCUUCUUUAGAAAAACAGCAACGGGGAAGCAUACCCCUACCAUCGCUGGUCCGCCAAAUUAGCCGUGCGCAAAACCCCUAGCGUUACUCCUCCUCCUCGUUCAAAAUCCAUUACUAAUAGAAUAGCAACAAAGGUUUGGAGUUGCAAUUCGCAUUCACUCUAGUUCCCAAGAACUCCCACUCCAUGGACAAUCAAGAGACCCAGUUGAAUGCUUUGGGAUCACUAUCCUUGCACUCCUCAUCCUCUAGCCCGUGCAAUUCUGAGUACCAGAUGAGUUUGGAGGAGAGAUUUGAUAUUGUUAGGAGCAUAGGGGAAGAGUGUAUUCAGGACGAAGAGUUAAAGAAUCUAUUGGCGAAUAAGCCUCAGCCAAUAUGCUAUGAUGGAUUUGAACCCUCUGGUCGGAUGCACAUUGCUCAGGGUGUUAUGAAAACAAUUAAUGUUAACAAGUUGGUAUCUUCGGGCUGCAAAGUAAAGAUUUGGAUUGCAGAUUGGUUUGCUCAACUAAACAACAAGAUGGGUGGGGACUUAAAGAAAAUUCAAGCUGUUGGUCAGUAUCUGAUUGAGAUAUGGAAAGACGCGGGAAUGAAUCUGGAGAGUAACAAAAUUGAGUUUUUAUGGUCCUCUGAAGAGAUCAAUUCUAGAGCUGAUGAGUACUGGCCACUUGUUUUGGAUAUUGCACGGAGAAAUACGCUUCGUAGAAUAUCGAAAUGCUGUAAAAUCAUGGGUCGCUCUGAACUAAAUGCAUUGACUGCUAGUGCUGCCCAAAUAUUCUACCCAUGCAUGCAGUGCGCAGACAUAUUUUUCCUCAAGGCUGAUAUCUGUCAAUUGGGAAUGGACCAGCGAAAAGUGAAUGUGCUUGCAAGAGAGUACUGUGAAGAUAUAAAGAGGAAAAACAAGCCCAUCAUUUUGUCUCAUCACAUGUUGCCUGGCUUGCAGGAGGGUCAAAAUAAGAUGUCCAAAAGUGAUCCGUCAUCCUCCAUUUUCAUGGAAGAUGAAGAGGAAGAUGUGAAUCUCAAAAUAGAGAAGGCUUUCUGCCCACCCAAGGUUGUAGAGAAAAAUCCGUGUCUAGAAUACAUCAAGUACAUCAUCUUUCACUGGUUUAAUGAGUUCAAGGUGGAGCGAAGUCUAGAGAAUGGUGGUAACAAGACCUUCUCGACUUUCGAGGAACUCGUUACUGACUAUGAAUGUGGUAGCUUGCAUCCUGCUGACCUUAAACUUGCUCUCUCAAAAGCUCUGAACAAGAUCCUGCAGCCUGUGCGUGAUCAUUUCAAGAACAAUUUCAUGGCAAAGGAACUUCUUAUGAGGAUAAAGAAGCAGUCAUCCAUGGAAAAUCAAGAGCCCCAGUUGGAUCCUUUGGGAUCAGUAUCCUUGCACUCAUCCUCUAGCCCGUGCAAUUCCGAGUCCCAGAUGAGUUGGGAGGAGAGAUUUGAUAUUGUUAGGAGCAUAGGGGAAGAGUGUAUCCAGGACGAAGAGUUAAAGAAUCUGUUGGCGAAUAAGCCUCAGCCAAUAUGCUAUGAUGGAUUUGAACCCUCUGGUCGGAUGCACAUUGCUCAGGGUGUUAUGAAGACAAUUAACGUUAACAAGUUGGUAUCUUCGGGCUGUAAAGUAAAGAUUUGGAUUGCAGAUUGGUUUGCUCUACUAAACGACAAGAUGGGCGGGGACUUGAAGAAAAUUCAAGUUGUUGGCCAGUAUCUGAUUGAGAUAUGGAAAUCUGUGGGAAUGAAUCUGGAGAGUAACAAAAUUGAGUUUUUAUGGGCCUCCAAAGAGAUAAAUUCUAGAGCUGAUGAGUACUGGCCACUUGUUAUGGACAUUGCACGGAGAAAUACACUUGAUAGAAUAUUGAGAUGCCAUAAAAUUAUGGGUCGCCCUGAACUAGAUGAAUUCACUGCCAGUGCUGCCCAUAUAUUCUACCCAUGCAUGCAGUGCGCAGACAUAUUUUUCCUCAAGGCUGAUAUCUGUCAAUUGGGAAUGGACCAGCGAGAAGUGAAUGUACUUGCAAGACAAUACUGUGAAGAUAUAAAGAGGAAAAACAAGCCCAUCAGUUUGUCUCAUCACAUAUUGCCUGGCUUGCAGGAGGGACAAGAGAAGAUGUCCAAUAGUGAUCCGUCAUCCUCCAUUUUCAUGGAUGAUGAAGAGGCAGAUGUGAAUCUCAAAAUAAAGAAGGCUUUCUGCCCACCCAAGGUUGUAAAGAAAAAUCCGUGUCUAGAAUACAUCAAGUACAUCAUCUUUCCCUGGUUUAACGAGUUCAAGGUUGAGCGAUGUCUAGAGAAUGGUGGUAACAAGACCUUCUCGACUUUCGAAGAACUUAUUACUGACUAUGAAUGUGGUAGCUUGCAUCCUGCUGACCUUAAACCUGCUCUCUCAAAAGCUCUGAACAAGAUACUGCAGCCUGUGCGUGAUCAUUUCAAGAAUGAUGUCAAGGCAAAGGAACUUCUUAAGAGGGUUAAGAGCUACAGAGUUGCCAGGUAAUGCAAAUGGACACAAGACAUUCAUCUUCAAACCCUCUUAGUUUAGAGCAGAAAACUAGAUUUUUUCAUUACAGAUUAAAGAUGUUUUGCUUGGUUAUUUUGGAUUUUCUAGACUUCUGGAGCGUUCUGCGUUCACAUUUCAAGCUACAGAAAGGGCAACAUUUUUAUUUAUGAAGUUGUAGGAUCAACAUAACGUCAUCUAUAGCACCACAGAAUAUACUAAAUUGACUAGAUGGAAUUAUAAAGUGAGUGGUGCUUGGCACUAGGCAUGGACCUGGUCUAGAACCAGAUCUGGUACUUUGUGGGACCGGAUCGGGUCCAUUUUUCCGAUUUUGGGCAAAGACUGGGUAUCCUACUGGGUGUAUGGGGUAGUUGGGUACCAAGUUCUGGUUCAACAAUUUGCGGACCUGGUGGUAUAUUUUUAUAUGCUUGGAAGUUGGAACCGGGC